CGCGCAUAGAGAAUAAACCAAAAUUUUCUAAUGAAAACAAGGUUGUAUUUCUUUCUACAAGUGUAUUUAAGCCGCAAAGGAUGGCUCCGAGGUAUGAAUUAGCAGUUGGUCUUAAUAGAGGCCAUAAAACCACCAAAAUCCGUGUAGCAAAGAAUAAAAAUGAGAAGAAAAAGACGGUGUGCGUUUUGCCAGCAAGACUAAAAGGGAGACAAACUAAACAUAGCAAGUUUGUCAGAGACUUAAUCCGUGAGGUAACUGGACAUGCACCAUAUGAAAAGCGUGCUAUGGAAUUGUUGAAAGUUUCCAAGGAUAAGCGUGCAUUGAAAUUUUUAAAGAGGCGGUUGGGCACACAUAUCAGGGCAAAGAGGAAGCGAGAAGAACUUGGAAACAUCCUUGUCCAGAUGAGGAAAGCAGCUGCACAUCAUUAAAUAACACGUUAUUAAAUUU